AUGCUGGCCCGGCCCGGCCUGGUGGCGGUGGCAGUGGUGAGAGGCGGUGAAAAGGGUUCCGAGCGUGCUGAGAGCAUCUCGAAGGCAGAGCCAGGGGGGAUCACGGAGGGACGAGAUACAGACGUGCAGGAGAGCAUGCUGGAUCCACAGCUUCGGCCUGGGCCGCAGAGGGGAAGGGUGGCAUUGCCACACGUGGAAAUGGACGUGUCUGAGCUGCUGGCGCGGUGGAGCCGCCUUGGCUCUGCGCAAGAGAAACCCCUCGCUGCAGGAGCACGGCCUUCUCAGCUUGGGAGGAGGCCAGUGGCCAAGGCCAUGGGGCUGCCCACACUGGCUGUGGCCCAGAGCUGGCAGUGGGGUGGCCGUGUGGUGGAGAUGCAGCUCUUCCCCCAGAGAUACCCCCAUUUCCGGGUGUUCCAGCCUCCCUGGCCACCCCCGGCCCCAUCUGGGUCUUCUGAGAGACAGAUUGGGCCGGCUCUCUCCCUCCCACCAUUGGCAGAGCUCCUGGGCUCCACCAAGAAGAUCAAUGUCAACUUCCAGGACCCAGAUGGCUUCUCUGCCCUGCACCACGCGGCCCUGAAUGGCAACACGGAGCUGAUCACGCUGCUGUUGGAAGCCCAGGCCGCUGUGGACAUCAAGGACAACAAAGGCAUGCGGCCAUUGCACUAUGCGGCCUGGCAGGGCCGGAAGGAGCCCAUGAAGCUGGUGCUGAAGGCAGGCUCUGCCGUGAACAUCCCGUCUGACGAGGGCCACAUUCCCCUGCAUCUGGCGGCCCAGCACGGUCACUACGACGUGUCGGAGAUGCUGCUGCAGCACCAGUCCAACCCGUGCAUGGUGGACAACUCGGGGAAGACGCCCUUGGACCUGGCCUGCGAGUUCGGCCGCGUUGGGGUAGUCCAGCUGCUCCUAAGCAGCAACAUGUGUGCGGCGCUGUUGGAGCCCCGGCCAGGGGACACCACUGACCCCAACGGCACCAGCCCCCUGCACCUGGCAGCCAAGAAUGGUCACAUCGACAUUAUCAGGCUCCUCCUCCAAGCCGGCAUUGACAUUAACCGCCAGACCAAGUCGGGCACCGCCCUGCACGAGGCCGCGCUCUGCGGGAAGACAGAAGUGGUCCGGCUGCUGCUGGACAGCGGGAUCAACGCCCACGUGAGGAACACCUACAGCCAGACGGCCCUGGACAUCGUGCACCAGUUUACCACGUCCCAGGCCAGCAAGGAGAUCAAGCAGCUGUUGCGAGAGGCCUCGGCAGCCCUGCAGGUCCGGGCGACCAAGGAUUACUGCAACAAUUACGACCUGACCAGCCUCAAUGUGAAGGCCGGCGACAUCAUCACAGUCCUUGAGCAGCAUCCGGAUGGCCGGUGGAAGGGCUGUAUCCAUGACAACCGGACGGGCAAUGACCGGGUGGGCUACUUCCCGUCCUCACUGGGCGAGGCCAUUGUUAAGCGAGCAGGUUCUCGAGCAGGCACCGAACAAAGCCCACCCCAGGGAGGCGGCUCUUUGGGGCCCUCUGCGCCCCCAGAGGAGAUCUGGGUGCUAAGGAAGCCUUUUGCAGGUGGGGACCGAAGCGGCAGUGUGAGCAGUGUGGCCAGCGGCCGGGGCAGCGGGGUCCAUGCCCUGCAUGCAGGCUCCGAGGGAGUCAAGCUCUUGGCAACGGUGCUUUCCCAGAAGUCCGUGUCCGAGUCCAGCCCCGGGGACAGCCCAGUCAAGCCUCCAGAGGGCUCCACAGGUGCAGCCCGGUCCCAGCCCCCAGUGGCCCACACGGGGCAGGUCCACGGAGAUCAGCCAACAAAGAAGCUGGAGCCGGCGUCAGAGGGCAAGAGCGCUGAGGCCGUCAGCCAGUGGCUUGCCACGUUCCAGCUGCAGCUCUACACCCCCAACUUCGUCAGCGCCGGCUACGACCUGCCCACCAUCAGCCGCAUGACCCCCGAGGACCUCACGGCCAUCGGCGUCACCAAGCCGGGCCACCGGAAGAAGAUCACGGCAGAGAUCAGUGGCCUGAAUGUGCCCGACUGGCUGCCUGAGCACAAGCCCGCUAACCUGGCCGUGUGGCUGUCCAUGAUCGGCCUGGCCCAGUACUACAAAGUGCUGGUGGAAAACGGCUACGAGAACAUCGACUUCAUCACCGACAUCACCUGGGAGGACCUGCAGGAGAUCGGCAUCACCAAGCUGGGACACCAGAAGAAGCUGAUGCUGGCAGUGAGGAAACUGGCGGAGCUGCAGAAGGCAGAAUAUGCCAAGUAUGAAGGGGGACCCCUGCGCCGGAAGGCACCCCAGUCACUGGAAGUGAUGGCCAUUGAGUCACCACCCCCGCCUGAGCCUGCACCGGCCGACUGCCAGUCCCCUAAGAUGACCACCUUCCAGGACAGUGAGCUUAGCGGUGAGCUGCAGGCUGCCAUGACUGGCCCAGCCGAGGGGGCCACUGCUGCUGCUGCCGAAAAACCCCCCAACCACCUGCCACCCACCCCCAGGGCCACUGUGCGGCAGGAGCCCAGCCUGGGUGGGCGGGCACGGCACAUGAGUAGUUCCCAGGAGCUGCUGGGCGAUGGGCCCCCUGGGCCGGGCAGCCCCAUGUCUCGAAGCCAGGAGUACCUGCUGGAUGAGGGGCCAGCCCCCGGCACCACCCCCAAGGAGGCCCGGCCCGGCCGCCAUGGUCACAGUGUCAAGAGGGCCAGUGUGCCCCCAGUGCCUGGCAAGCCACGGCAGGUCCUCCUGCCGGGCGCCAGCCACUUUACACCCCCGCAGACGCCCACCAAAGCCCGGCCAGGCUCUCCCCAGGCCCUUGGGGGACCUCAUGGUCCAGCCCCAGCCACGGCCAAGGUGAAGCCCACCCCACAGCUGCUGCCACCCACGGAGCGACCCAUGUCACCUCGCUCCCUGCCACAGUCACCCACACACCGUGGCUUUGCCUAUGUGCUGCCCCAGCCUGUGGAGGGCGAGGUGGGGCCAGCUGCCCCAGGGCUUGCACCUCCGCCUGUGCCGGCAGCUGUGCCAACACUAUGCCUGCCCCCCGAGGCUGACACCGAGCCAGGGCGGCCCAAGAAGCGCGCCCACAGCCUGAAUCGCUACGCGGCAUCUGACAGUGAGCCCGAGCGGGACGAGCUGCUGGUGCCUGCUGCCGCAGGGCCAUACGCCACAGUCCAGCGGCGUGUGGGCCGCAGCCACUCGGUGAGGGCACCUGCUGGCACCGACAAGAAUGUCAACCGCAGCCAGUCGUUCGCUGUGCGGCCACGCAAGAAGGGGCCCCCACCGCCCCCACCCAAGCGCUCCAGCUCAGCCAUGGCCAGUGCCAACCUGGCCGAUGAACAGGUGCCGGACGCCGAGGCUGAAGAUGGCCUGCUGGGGGUCCGGGCACAGCGCCGGCGGGCUAGCGACCUAGCUGGCAGCGUGGACACGGGCAGUGCCGGCAGCGUGAAGAGCAUCGCGGCCAUGCUUGAGCUGUCCUCCAUUGGGGGUGGGGGCCGGGCUGCCCGCAGGCCUCCCGAGGGCCACCCCAUGCCGCAGCCUGCCAGUCCAGAGCCAGGCCGGGUGGCCACGGUGCUGGCCUCCGUGAAGCAUAAAGAGGCCAUUGGGCCUGAUGGGGAGGUGGUGAACCGGCGCCGCACGCUCAGUGGGCCGGUCACUGGACUUCUGGCCACUGCUCGUCGGGGGCCAGGGGAGUCGGCAGAUCAAGGCCACUUUGUGGAGGAUGGUGCUGGCCGGCAGCGGCCUCGAGGUCCAGUCAAGGGUGAGGCAAGUGUUGAGGGCCCACCCCUGACCAGGGUGGAGGCCAGUGCCACGCUCAAGAGGCGCAUCCGGGCCAAGCAGAGCCAGCAGGAGAAUGUCAAGUUCAUCCUGACUGAGUCUGACACAGUCAAGCGCAGGCCCAAGGCCAAGGAGCGGGAGGCCGGGCCUGAGCCGCCCCCCCCACUGUCUGUGUACCAGAAUGGCACGGGUACUGCACGUCGCCUGCCAGCCUCGGAGCAGGCUGGCCCCCCGGAGCUGCCCCCACCGCCCCCGCCUGCCGAGCCACCGCCCACGGACCUGGUGCACCUGCCCCCACUGCCCCAACCGGAGAGUGAUGCCCGGAAGCCGGCCAAGCCGCCUGUGUCUCCCAAGCCUAUCCUGGCUCAGCCGGUGCCCAAGAUCCAGGGCUCGCCCACACCCACCUCCAAGAAGGUGCCACUGCCAGGCCCUGGCAGCCCAGAGGUGAAGCGCGCCCACGGCACGCCGCCGCCUGUGUCUCCCAAACCGCCGCCACCGCCCACGGCGCCCAAGCCGGCCAAGGCAGUGGCGGGGCUGCCGGCAGGCAGCGCCAGCCCGUCGCCCGCGCCUUCUCCGGCACGCCAGCCGCCCGCCGCCGCCGCCAAGCCGGCCGGCACGCCGCCCUCGCUGAGCGCCAGCCCCGCCAAGCCCCCGUCCCCCAGCGCGCCCGCGCUGCACGUGCCCGCUAAGCCCCCGCGCGCCGCCGCCGCCGCUGCCGCCGCCGCCGCCGCCGGGGCCCCCGCCGCGCCCGACGGCACCUCGCCGGGGGACAGCGCCCGGCAGAAGCUGGAGGAGACGAGCGCGUGCCUGGCCGCGGCGCUGCAGGCGGUGGAGGAGAAGAUCCGGCAGGAGGACGGACGGGGCUCGCGCCCCUCCGCCGCGGAGAAGAGCACGGGCAGCAUCCUGGAUGACAUUGGCAGCAUGUUCGACGACCUGGCCGACCAGCUGGACGCCAUGCUGGAGUGACGCGGCCACGUCGGGCCGCCUGCGCCGCCAGGGCCGCCGCCCCUCACACUGACCUUUACCUCAGGAUGCCAGGUCUGGGCGCGGGCGGGCGGGCGGCCGGCGCCGGCACAAGCACAACUCCUGCCCCUGGGCCUGGGCCGGGGGCCCCAAGGGCUCUGGGCGGACGCCGCUGCCCCGUGCCCGCCCCGCCUGCCGCUCCUGUGCAAUAACUGCUGGGCCCCCGCGCCAGGCUCUGCCCGCUGCGGGCGCCCUGGAGAGGAGGGAGGGGGCGCCGCGGCCGCUCCCCGGCCGGGCAGAGCACAGGCCUGUGCCCAGCACAGAACUGCCCGUUGGGGAGCCGCUGCCAGCUGCUCCGGCGCAGCACAAGGGACGGGGACCAAGGUCAGGACCCCCUGCCCCACUGCACCCCCCAGAAUAUAAGCUAUCAAGAGUAUUAAUUUAUUGGGAAUGAGCUGACGCAGAUUUCCCCAGAGAAACUAAAAGGUAUAACUUUAACAAAUAUAUAUUUAAAGAAAGAAAUAUUAUUGAUUCUAUAGAAAACCAUUUACCAACAGAAAGGACACUGGAGUCUAGCUUGAGACAAAAGCUGUUAGAGGCCCAGGCCAUCUGUCUGUCCGCGCUUCCCUCCCUGCGCCCGAGUGGCCAGGCCCCCGGCCCACUAGCACAAACAGGAGGCUGGGGUCCAGGGAGGGUGGGUCCUCCACCCAGGGUCUCUCCUCUGCUCUUCUCUCUCGUAAUUUCUCCUCGUCCGAAGAACUCAAAGGAUGUGCCUUGCUCGCUGAUGGGCUGUGUCCUCCUGGGUGUGGCUGCGUCCUGGGGGUGCUGGUGCGAGGUGCGCUGUGCGUGCAAUGUGGUGAACGUGGGCGUGUCGACCAAGUGACGGCAGCGUGGGUGCAGGGGCAUGCGUGCCAGGCUCCAUGUGGCUCGAGGCUCGUGUGCGAGGGUGUGCCCAACCCUCCCCCUGGGCCCCGCGCUGGACCCACAUGGGCAGCGAGCCCACCCCACCCAAGUUGUAAGGACACUUCUACUCAUGGUCCAAGGCUGUGUCGUGUGGUUGUUCCCGCCUUCUCUUCCCCUCCUGUCUCUUUUUCUCCCUCUCCAAGAAGUACUGACUGGUCUCCUCUCUCGUGUUUGCUGAUCCACAAGUGUUGGGCACUACUUUGACAUUUCUUUAAAAAAAGAAUUAAAAAAAACGCCGAAAACCAGCGAUUGUGGUGCGGGGCGGGUGGAGGGAGCUGGCUGAGGGGGCAUCUGGGCGUGCGGGGCCCCUUCCAGGUGUCACACCCAGCACUUCCCUGACAGUGGAUGUGCCCGGAUGCCCAGCCGGCCUCUCUUCAGUGGGUGGCCCAGCUGGGGCUCCAGCAGGUGGGGAGGGGGGUCGGGGCAGGGAGCUGCUGUCGGCUGUCAAUAAACAGCAGAAAACAGAGCUGCCUGGCUCACUUUUUGGGAGUGCGUGUGUUGGGGAAAUGGGGAGCAGGGCUGGAAGCCAGGGCCACAGUGUGCAGAACCUCCUCCAGGCGUGGAGGUCCCCAGAGGGGCCGCAGUCCUGGGCUCAACCAAAGCAACUGCUCUGUGGUCUGUCCCCAGCGUCCCUCAUCCUCACUGCUGGUGCCAGUGCACACCAAUCUUCUCAA